GACGGCCGCUGAUUGGCUGACGAAUGACGCAGAAGGGAGGGAAGGCCGCUGAUUGGUUGACAGGAAGGGCAGGCCACGUGAUUGGCUUAAGGGUUUGUUGUUGGUCUUGCUUGGCCUUGCAGGGAGAAACAUCACUCCUGUCCUACUUUUGCGGUCAUGACAGGGUCGCCGCGCAAGGGUCAGUCCGGCCGGCAGCUGCGGUCCGGCACUCUGCUUGGCGCCGAGGGGGAGGAGCACUGGCACCCAGCAACCACCUUUGCCUUCCCAGAGUCCCCGUCACCCAAGAGGCCCGGCAAGGCUGAAAAAAAGAAGUCACCCAAUACAAGGAAACUGCGGAGACAGACCAUGAUGCCCACCAGACAAGCCGCCGCCGCCCCCGUGCCCAUCGCUGCCUUCGCCUCGCCGCCUCUCAGCCAGCGCAGGUCCCGCCGUCAGUCCAUGAUGCCCGUCAGGUUGCAAGCCAGCCCAGGCGGCGACAAGAGGAGGGCUGCCAAGACUCAGCCGACCACCACUGCCACCGACACUGCCAAGGCCAAGACCAAGCGGAGACUGGAGCCCUCCGAGGAACCCCCAACAAACAAGAAGACCCGCCUGAUUCCUACCUCCAAGUCUGCCUCACAAUACAAGAUAGCACCAUCACCUGCCACCUCCAAGAAACACAAGUCCACCAGUGCCCUGCCAGUGUCCCGCAGCUCACGCAGACCACCCAAGACAGAGGCUCCAGUCCAGGCGAAGAAGUCCCCUGCAAAGAAGCGUGCCUUGUCUCCCACACACUUAGAAUCCUCGCCGCCAAAACGAAGGGCCGCCUCUCGUUCACGCAGCGAGUCUCAGCUUAAGAGGAGCAAGUCUCUUCCCCGCGGCCAGAAAAAGGCUGCCAAAGUACCUGAAAAGCCUGUGAUUCCCUCGCCGAAAAAGACAUCGGUUAGUUUAAAGGCCACGUCCCCUGCUAAGAAAACAGUUACCCCAUCUAAGAAGAAAACCUCGUCAUCGUCUUUAAAAUCCCCUCCACCAUCGAAAAGCACUAAGAAAUCCACGGCAUCUCCAGCAGCAAAGAAAGCAGUUACUCCCUCCAAGAAGAAAUCCUCGUCGUCUUCUUUAAAAUCCCCACCAGCAUCGGAAACCAUCCCCAAGAAAAGGUCCACAGCAUCUCUGAAGACUGCAGCCUCCCCAGUCUCCAAGGGGCAGAAGACACCCAAGACUGGCCUGCCAUCCUCCUCACACUCACCAGCCAGCCAGAAAACAAGCCAAAACGUCAAUAAACUCCUUACAAAAACACCGUCCAUUGUCGUGAAGAUGAUGAAGGUGUCAGCCAUUAAAACGCCACCGUCCAUGAAGAAACUUAACCCCAAACAAGCCACGCCAGCCAGCCCGUCCCCGCGCAGACCAAGGCUGACUCGCUCAGCCGCCAAGAGUCGCAUGGUGUCUUCCAGGAGUGCCAGGCAUGUGUCCCUCAGGGUGGAAGGCAAGAGUCCGCCCUCCUCCCUGGCCUCCUUCAGGAAAACGCCGGCAUCUAAGAGGGCUGCCGCUACCGCCUUCCCUGCUGAUCUUGGCGCCUCCCCAGCCCUGCCCUCCGCCCACGAGCAGCUGCAGAGGAUAAGGGACGCCAUCUCCGCCAAGCACGCCACACCACACAAGCCCCUGCCCCCCAACACCUCCACCACCACCACCACUGCCACCGCCACCGCCACACCAAGCCAGGACAGCACGGCUGACACACACACAGCUGGGAAUGGCAAGUGUGGGCCAAAGACAGCACUGGACACCCACUGCACACCCACAGCACGACUCCCACUGCCCAUGACACCCAAGUCCUCCCGCAGCAGUGGUAGUGUCUCCAGAUUUAGUGUCAGGCUUACCAGCAGCAGCGUGGAGAGCCGGUACCUGCAGCACACCGGCCCAGCAACCCCACACAGCAGCACUCCCAUCAAGGGCAGUCACACCCUGGAGGUCAUCGGAGCCCGCCCCUCACUCAGGGAGGGGGCCAGGAGGGAUGCUGAGGAGGAGGAGGAGGAAGGGGAGGUAGAGGUGGAUGGAGGGAGGACCGACACCAGUGUGGAAGAGGAGGGUGGGGAAAACAGCUUAGAUGAGACUGUGGAGGAGGAAGAAGAGGAGGAGGACAGCAGUGCAAAGAGCGGAAGUACAAGCCAGAAUCGCAAGAGUUACUGUAGUCUAAUGUAGUAUUUAGUGACUUCCUGACACUGUUAUGUGGCUUUACCAGUCUCUUUUAUCUUGCUUGGUACAAUAUGUUUAAGGUGUAAAAAUCUUAUAUUUAUUGACAUGUGAAAGGAAUAUUCUUAUAUGGUUUAUAUGGCAUGUAAUCUUGCUUAGCAAGACAUGCUUUCUCAUGUUUUAAGGAAACAUUUUAAUGUUGUGUUGAGUAUGUACUACUCUGGCCUUACCUAUUGUUAGAUGGGUGGUGUGUUGUAGUAGUGCAAGGCUACUUGUCACCAUAUAGUUCAAGUGUUGUUAAGACUGACAUAUCUAACAUUGCCACUGUUGACACAGUGUUUUGACAUAACUAACAUUGCCACUGUUGACACAGCAUUUUGACAUAUCUAACAUUGCCACUGUUGACACAGUGUUUUGACAUAUCUAACAUUGCCACUGUUGACACAGUGUUUUGACAUAUCUAACAUUACCACUGUUGACACAGUGUUUUGACAUAUCUAACAUUACCACUGUUGACACUGUUUUGACAUGUCUAACAUUGCCACUGUUGACACAGUGUUUUGACAUAUCUAACAUUGCCACUGUUGACACACAUUGUUUCCCUACAAGGGUACCUGAUACAUGUUUCCCUCCCUGCUUCUUGAUUAGUGGAUAGUCUUGGUUAGGUUUAAGUUAAUUUGUCACAUCCCUGUGUAAAUCUGUCUGUUGAUAAGAUUCCUGCCGCUGGCCCAGCAGGUGGCUGUGUGCACCAGUACAAAAAUUGCAGAGAACACUUUAGAUUACAGAAUAUUGCAUUUGC